AUGGCAAAAUCCAAAGUAGCACCGUUGAAGAUGUUGACGAUUCCUCGACUCGAAUUGCAAGCUGCCGUCCUUGGAACUCGUCUGCUCAAUAGUGUGAUCAUCAUGCACGCACUCAAGACGACGAAGCGCGUAUUAUGGACUGACUCCAAUACAGUUCUCGCCUGGAUACGAUCGGAUCAGCGGCGGUAUCACCAAUACGUUGGAUUUAGGAUCGGUGAAAUUCUAUCGAUGACGGAUGUCGACGAAUGGAGGAAGGUGCCAACGAAAGAGAAUGUAGCUGACGACGCAACAAAGUGGGGAAAUGGACCGGCUGUUCGCUCCGAAAAUCGGUGGUUUCAAGGACCGGAAUUUCUUCGACAAUCCGAGGACAAUUGGCCAGGUGGUAGUGAACUGAUCGAACCCACGCAGGAGGAACUAGUGGCGUUGAACGUUCAUGAUGAAGCAGUGGAGCCAGCGGUAGUAGACGUAAAUAGAUUCAGUAAGUGGGAAAAGCUGCACCGUUCAAUGGCUUACGUGCAUCGAUUUAUUCAGAACAUCCAACGAUCUGGACAAAGCGAGGCGCAAUUGAUAGGAUUAUUGACGCAAGAGGAGUUGUGCAGCGCCGAGAAAUCGCUGUGGAUUCAAGCUCAAACCGAGUGUUUUACGUUGGAAUCCGAAAUGCUGCACAAGUCAAAGGGAAAACCCGAAGCAGUUCAAGCCACAUUACCAAAAUCAAGCACGUUACGCAAAUUGUGGCCGUUCAUGGAUGAAACAGGCGUAAUACGAACAAGGAGCCGUCUUGGGUAUGCUGACUGGAUCCCUUCUAACAUCAAGUAUCCGGUAGUUCUACCUCGGCAACAUCCAAUCACGUUACUUCUGGUUGACUAUUUUCACCGUCGUUAUCGCCAUUGCAACCGUGAGACGAUCGUCAACGAGAUGCGGCAACUCUACGAGAUCCCGAAACUACGGUCAGCCGUGUUCAAGAUAUCGCAGGAUUGUCUACCAUGUAAGAUACGUCGGGCGACUCCUAGCUCGCCUCCUAUGGCUCCGUUGCCCAAAGUGCGAGUUACCCCGUAUGUAAGGCCGUUUACUUUUGUUGGAGUUGACUUCUUCGGCCCGGUGCUGGUGAAAGUUGGACGAAGCGUUGUUAAGCGGUGGAUGGCUCUAUUCACCUGUUUGACAAUACGGGCUGUGCAUCUUGAGGUUGUACAUAGUCUGUCGAAGGAGUCCUGCGUAAUGGCGGUUAGAAGGUUCGUGUCACGACGAGGAGCACCAUCAGAAAUCUUUAGCGAUAACGGCACGAACUUCCUCGGUGCGAGCAAUCAGCUGAAGCAGGAAAUGGAUGAUUUGGACCAACAUCUGGCGUCAACGUUCACCAACACCACAACACGGUGGUCGUUUAACCCACCAGGCGCUCCUCACAUGGGAGGAGUAUGGGAGCGUAUGGUUCGCUCAGUGAAAGUGGCAAUAGGCGGUAUUCUGGAAGAGCAGCGAAGACCAGACGACGAAGAUUUGGAGACGGUCAUCAUCGAGGCGGAAGCAAUGAUAAAUUCGCGGCCGCUAACGUAUAUAACGCUGGAAUCGGACGUGCAGGAGUCUCUUACUCCAAAUCAUUUUCUGUUGGGGAGCUCAAACGGAGUCAAGCAACAGCCAGUACUACCAACGGACUACCAAGCAACCCUGAGGAGCGGAUGGAAGUUUGUGCAGCAUUUGUCGGAUGGAAUAUGGAGAAGAUGGAUAAAAGAGUAUUUGCCGGUAAUAUCUAGAAGGUCGAAAUGGUUCGAAGAAGUGAAGGAGAUGACUAAAGGAGAUUUGGUGUUGAUCGUGGAUGGUGCAGUUCGAAACCAGUGGGUGAGAGGAAGAAUUCAGGAAGUUGUCAAAGGAAAAGAUGGAAGGGUGCGGCAGACCUGGGUGAAGACUGCGAGAGGCAUCCUAAGGAGGCCGGUGGUCAAAUUGGCGUUACUUGACGUCGAAGCUGGAGGUAAACCGGAAUUCAAUGACAAUGGUUUACGGGCGGGGGGAUGUGACGACGAGUACCCCCCGGUGCGUGAUGGUCAAUAA